ACGCUCGGCAGCGGAGGCAGUCGUGGAACGCUCGGCGUUCGUAACGAACGCCGCUUUGGACCCUGCACGAGCUUGUAUAAGAAAGCGGGCUGUUGAGCUUCAUCUGCACACGACACUGCGGAAGGCAGAGCAGAGGGAGCUGUUAAAGCUUUGCGCUUGAUACGUCGCCUGCUUCCUGACAUUCCAGAAGACGUCAUUUUAGCUUCACCCCUCUAAUGAGAGACAGGUGAGCAGUGAGCUCCGUCCACGAACGGUCCCCCACUUUUGUUCAAGUGAAAGCGGAUCGCUUCCUCCUCGAUAACUUUGCAAGCACUGCGGCAGCUAUGGACGACAUCACCGACGAUCAGAUCUUCGACAUCUCCCAGGUGACGUCGGCCGGGGACAACAUGAAGGUCGAGCCACCCGCGACCGCGGCCCGUCGCCGCCGCAAGAAGUACGGACGUGGCGCCUCUGCUAAGCCUCGUGGUCGCGUCCGCAAGGCAACCAGCCGUACAGGCGCCAAGCGAGGACGUACUCGCCAAUCGCGUGCCGCCGCAGGAGCCUUCGUCGCGACUGCUGCUGCUUCUGCUGCUCCGAAGAGAACGGGGUACGGCGGCUGCGUCAAAUCCGAAACGGCCGUAGAAUUGCCGCUGGAGACAGUCACCGCGGAUUGCGAGUCGACCAUCGACCAGCAGGCCGACAUGUAUGUCUCCAAAAUCCUGCCGGACCCGGCGACAACCGUUUACGCGGAGCGGGGCAGCGUUCCAGCAGCCUCAUGCAACGACAACACGUAUCCAAGCUGCGAGAAGCCGCCCGACCCCACCGCCGCAUCGACGCCGUGGAGGGCGCAAUCCCCGACCGACCCCAGUGCGCCGGCGCCGGCGCGUGGCCGUAGACGACCCUCGGUCAAGCUGGUCCAGCUCGUCGCGCAGGCCAUACACGAGAGCCCACACCGGGUGCUGCGAGUCACGCACGUCUACGCCGCACUGCAGAACAGAUACCCUUACUACAGGCUGCAGGACAAGAAGGUCAUCAGCAGCUGGAAGCGCGAGCAAAUCGCCCCGGGGACGGUAGCGAGGUGUGAAUGCAAGGGUGUGAGAUUAUGUCUCUCUCGCUCACCGGCACCUCGAUACCCCUCGCAGAGCUCGGUGCGUCAUGCUCUGUUCCAAAAAUGGUUCAUGAAGUUCCGCCCCACGUCCGGAUGGUACGACACGGUUCGGCCCAGGAGUUUCUACUGGGGUCUCAACUACAGCAACAGGCCACUCGAAUGGCAGAUGCCCCAACGACUGCCGCGUCUGUUUCUGCCGACCGACGACGAAGGUGAGCAGCGGGACGGUGAGGCGUCCACGCUGUGCUCGGGCCUACACCGAAACACCGAGUCACCGAGCAAGACGAACACAGCGCUGAUGCCGUCGGCAUUCCGCCUCGAACUGGAGCACACACUUUUCGCGCCACCGGAACCCCAGUCACCGGGCGACAAGCGCAAACUGUCCACCGUCCAGUGCAGCGAGCUCGCGCCGGUGACGUCGGCUGCGCAGUCGGAGGACGACCUGGCCUCCGUGGGCAGCCCUCCGUCCGAGAGCAUGAAUCCGGUCGGCUGGCCGGCGCCGGGGAAAACGGAGAAGCACGCCUUGCAGCAGCCAAGUGACAGCGCCUGUGCUGCGCCACCUAGCGUGAGGGACGGCAUGUACUUCGAACCGCCGUCGGCACCACCUUGCUCAACCACAACGACCACUUCCCUGACUGCGAUGAUGGCGUCGCAGCCGACAGCGCUGGUGGAGGCCGUCGUGGAUAGCAUCCAGAAGCCGGCGCAGUCCCUGUCGGGCGAGUCGUUCGUCCAACUACAGCAAGAAGAGCAGCAGCAGCAGCAGCAGGAGGUGCAACACUCAUUGCAAGAGCCGCCAGAACAGCAGCAGCAGCAGCUGCUGCACAUGCUGCAAGCACCACUUGAACAGUUCCAGGAACAGCAGCAGGAGCCGCAACAGCAACAGCAGCAGCAACAACAACAACAACAGGAGGAGGAGGAGCUGCUGGACUGGCUUAUAUCACUGGAUGCCGGAGGCCCUAACGACCUCUCCGAUAACGUCAGAGCGGAACUAGAGGACAUGUACUGGGCGUACGUCAAUGACGUCCACGGAUCGGUGGGGUUCGGCCACGACGAACCGCUGGCACCGUCGUACGUGACUAUGACAUCUCCGAGGCAGACACCGCUUGCCACCGCGGCUUCAACCCGAGUGCAGACCCCAUCCGAGCAGUCACCGUCGAUUCCCGGACCAUCACAGACGCCUGAGGAGGCCUUACUGCAACCGAUGCCGCAGGAACAGGCACGCCGCCUGGGGAACAUCCUCAGCGGCUACGGACUGCAGUCGGCCGACGGCGAGUGCUUCGCCUUUCUGAACGCCUCGUGGAGCCUGUGGAAUUGCUUGACCCGGCUUGGCGUCGUAAGGAGGAGCGCCGAGUCACGCGCCAGUGGUGAACGAGGGCGCAUUGGGGCGCUCGUGGUGGCGUCGCCGUCCACGCCACUGCCCACCCAUGUCGACAACUGCGGGCUUAUCUUAUCGGAAGAGGCCGACCGACCCUUCACCGGCAGCGAAGAGUGA